CCACGUGCGUGAAACACGUGCUGGGCUGCUCGCGACCGGCGGGGUUGCGCUGUCGCAUCGGCGUUCCAUUUUGCUUUUUGUUCGCCCUCCGGCCAGCGGCCAUUGUGCGACCCUCGGACGACGCGACGAAAAAAGCAGAGCGAGACUCCCCAAGUUUUGGCUAAAUGGGUUGGUGGGCUGCCUCAGGCGAACGAUGCCGGGCGCGAGGCUGGCUGACCUCAACUCGGUCAUCACGUGCGUGCUGUGCGGCGGCUACCUGGUGAACGCCACGACCCUCGUUGAGUGCCUACACUCGUUUUGCAAGGUGUGCAUCGUGCAAUUCCUGGCCACCAGUCAUCUGUGCCCAAUCUGCGACGUUCCAGUGCACAAGACAAAGCCGCAUCAAUCCAUUCGGCUUGACAAGACACUCCAGGAUAUUGUGUACAAGGUCGUUCCUGGACUUUACCAGAAGGAAAUGAAGAAGAGGCGUGACUUCUACGAGAAGCACCCAGAGAACGACGCGAACGUGACUUGUCCCGAAGAUCGGGGAAUCGUGGACGGCUCUAGUCGGCUCAUCUUCAGCCCCGACGACACCAUCAGCCUCUCCCUGGAGUACAGCACGGGCAAGCAAGAACAGGCGGAAACAUCUGGUGAGAAGGGCCAAAGAACGUCUACGGACUCUGGCAGUGAAACGGAGGCGGUUCCGAAGCGCUUCCUCAACUGCCCGGCGGCCUUCACCAUAAGCCAUCUGCAGAAGUUCAUCCGCAUGAAGUACAGCCUGGCACCCCAGUACCAGGUCGACAUUCUUCAUAUGGAUGACGUGCUAUCUCAUGAUUUUACUUUGAUGGACGUUGCAUAUAUCUACGUAUGGAAAAGGGAUUGCCCUUUGCGCCUCUCUUUUCGGAUAUGCAAGGUGCCUCCAAAGCCUUCUGCUGUCGCAGUACCUUCUCUUAACACAACUAGCGAAGUUGAACAGAUUGCUGCAAAUGGAGCCAACAACAACCAAGAAAAAGAAAUUGUCAAGAAACCUGCAGAAAACAAACCUGCAUUGCUGAAGCCUGCAGAGGACAGUCAAGUCUCGAUGCCACCUCCUCGUACUCCAGAACAGGUGAACAAGCUAACCACGAAGUCACCAUCUGAACCAGCAGGUGCCGUUCCCAGCAGUGUGCCCCAGCCAGAGGAGCCUAGGGAACCUAAUACUACUGCUGUACCUGCUGCUGAGCCUUCCAUCGCUACUGUCGUACCUGCUGCUGAGCAUCAUGCAUUGGAAACACCUGAAAUGAAAACUACUGCAGAGGAGGAAUCUACAGCUCCAGGUAGCCCAAAGGCCAUAGCCCUGGUGCAGUCAACAUCCCCGCAGAGGCAGAAGGCAUCGGAGCCACCAGCAGAGGCUCAGUCACCACCACCAUUGCCAAAGAUCACCAUAAGCACCCUGGACAAGAAUAGUCACAAGAUCUUGAUACACACCAAGGAGGUGCCACCAACUCUGGGUCAGGCCCUAUCGCCCCCCCACAAUGGACAGGAUAGGUCAUCACCCCCUUCUGGAAAGAAGUCCAAACGUAAGGAGCAACGUGACGUUGACAGGCACCAUCAGUCAAAGCGCAAGUCGCCUGAAAAAGUGGAGAAACGGGUUCAGUGGUGCCGGUCUCCACCAGAGGAUGGUGGCCCCAAUAAAAAGCUCAAACUGGAUGGCUGCGACGAUGCCGUGGAGGUGGAUGCUGUGUGCAGAAAGUCCAUCAGCUCUCCUCUACAGAGAUCUGAGGGCGGUGCAUCUCUUCCAGAACCAGCUAAGCACAACAUGCCAAAGGCUGUGCCCAGCCCAAGGAAGCCGCCACCACCACCGCCUGCCCACCCUAGGACCCCACCUUGCACCUCGCUGCCCCCAAACCUGCCACACAGUGAUGAAGACACACGGCCACUUGAUCUGUCAGUAUCCCACCGUGGUGCCACUGCUGCCAUUCCCCAAGAGCCACCUCGUCGUCGAGGCAGGCCUCCCCUUCCUCUGCCCUCAAUCAUGCAGCCCCUGCCGCUAGUGGCUAAGCGGCCUUCCCCUCCUCCGACGACGGCAUACAGUCCUCCUACCUCUACGCCUCUCUUCCACAAGCUGCCAGCCGCACAGCCAUCUUCUUCUUCGUCACACCAUCACCACCACCACCACCAUCGUGGCAACAGCAAGAGCUUUCUCAAGGGUGCCAACUUGACUUGCAUCAACCCAGAUCCUAAUGCAUUUCACACCAAAAUAGUCAUCAAGAAUGUGCCUCCACGUAACUCCACCAACAAUAGCCUCCACAGAGUGUGAGCUUGUUGGCAGUGCCUGGUAGCCAACUUUUGCUCUGGCAGAUCACAAAUUCUGUGGGGCAUGUUUCUAGUCUUCUAGCCUCGGAUGUGCCGGUUUCAGUGAAGGCAGCCCAUCUUUUGGAUUUGGUGCGUGUGCCUGUGUGACAGUGCAGUGUUUGUGCUUACCCAUUGGAUUAUUGGAUUACUGGACUAGUGCUGCAGGAUUGCUCUCAUUUGGAUACACGGAUUCUUCACCUUUUGGAUAACCAAACCCAAAAUUCUAUGAUCUGGAUAAUGAAACCUUGUGUGUCUGAGUGAAAGGUGGUGUUGGCCUGUGUCACAUAUGGAUGAAGCCCUUUGGAUACACUUCGGUGCAUAUGUGUGUGUGUGUGUGAGAGAGAAUUCAGUGACGCCAGAGUGAAUCUCCCCACAUGGAUUACCAUUUCUCUGGCUGGUGUUAUGCCAGCAUCAAAGGAAUGAACGUCGCAUUUCUUUGGAUUACCUGGGAUUACACUUCGAACACUUCUGGAUUACAGUGGACUACACUGCAGCGAAUAUGCCCCAACAGGUAUCGCCUCAUCGUCGUCACGAAGAUCUGUUGGUUGCAUAGAAAAACUUGUUAGCAACAAGUGCAUACUGCAUAGUGUGUCCAUUACAGAGCUGCACUGUAGUCUUUUAUAUUGCAUAGCAGUUGGUCAUAAGGCUCCAGUAUUAUGCAGUUACUGUCUUUAAAGCUAGUGCAAUAGUCUAUUGGGCACAUGUGUCAUUUUGGGAUACCUGACAGGUACUGUACAGGGUCUUCUUCACCCACCUCCUCACCCUUACUACUAUAGGACUGUAUAUAAACCUGUAACGACAGCUCCAGCAUUUCAAUAUUUGAUUUAGCAAUUCUUAUAAUGAUAUAAAAAUCACCCCAUAGGGCAUUUUAUCCCUUUAGAUAUCUGAUGGAGUCACGAAGCAUGGAACAUUACUUCAAACACAGCAAAGUUAUUAUGAUUUACACGAGGUGGUGUUCAGCACAAUCAUGCACAAUGACUGCUCAGUGUCCGAAGUCAACUUACUGGGUGCAAAUUAAGCACUUAUGUUGAUAAAAUUUUGGAUAAAGCAAGAAGCAAGUGGUGGUUAUUGCCAUCUGGCAGACACAAAUGCCAUUGUCAAGCAUGUUAUUCCACCAGCAUAGAAAUAUGUGCAACUACUGCAACCUGCUUCUUACAUGACUUAAUCCAAGCCAGUGGGCACUUGACCAUUACUCUAAUAAAGCUUGAGCAGAACGAGAACAAGGUAGAAGUGGCAGCGAA